AUCGAACCUCUCGCAAACGCAAACAUCGUCCUCGUAGAUCUUUGGACUGCACCAACCCCAAGGUUGUCUAUGAGUACAUCCUUGUUGAACGAGACUGCGAUCAAGUUCACAUCCUAGAGCCUCGCUGUCACGUGCACAUAGCCUCGCCUCCCAACUGCAUCUCAUGUGCCGUACCAACAGCUGCUCUCCAACUUGAUAAUUCCCACGGGCUGGACCCUCAAUCACCAUCACAUCACCCAAAACCACCGGGCGCAGAAGACGACCCGACACUCAAGAUGUCUGGCCGAGGUGCCAUGUAUGCCAAAAUGGCAGCGGUGAUGGUGACCUUUUGCGUUGGCGGACCAGCACUCAUGUACUACGUCACACCCGCCGAAGGCGAACUCUUCAAGCGCUUCAACCCAGAACUACAGCAACGCAAUCUCGAUCUACGCAAUGAGCGGUUAAAAAACUAUGAGGAAUUCGUCACCCAGUUAAAAGAGUAUAGCAAGUCGGAUAAACCCAUCUGGGUAGCGGCUGCCGAAGCACAAGCCAAAGCAAAGGAACAAUCCGUGCAAACCAAGGUGGAGCAGGACGUUCUGCAGCAGAGGAUACGAGAAGAGAUGAGGGCUGAGGCGCAGGGCAGUCAGGCCACUAGGGGAAAGGUAUGAAACCAACGAUUUGAGGCAGGCUUGACCGGGAGCUUGGGAGGCACGUCAAGGUGGCACGGGCGGCAACACUUUGUUCCAGUGUCGUGAGAGUGCUAGGCUUUGAAGAGACCAAGAUUGUCAUGAUACUCGAAAUUUCCCCUCAUGUAUAAUUAAUGGAUAUGUACAAGUAAUCAGAGUUGAGCGAGCUCAAUGUCGCGCAGGCCUCGUAGAGUAAAAUGUCUACAGGUACUGGUGAUGAGCUUGUCAUAUCAUAUCAGACACAACAGAAGAGUUAUGGAGCAAAAAUUUGGGGGCAUC